AUAAGAUGCUAUAUAGUCAUAUGAGCUCUAUUGGAACGGUCACAAGGCGGACUGCGCAUUCAAUUACCAUACAAAAAAGAAAUAUAGUUUAGAAAUAUAUGCUGUAUCACUAUAAUAGACAUUUACAUCAAUCACUGGGAUAUUUAACAGCUCUGAGGACUUUGGAAAUAUGUCUGAAUCAACAAAUACUACUGACAAUAAUGGCCAAGGAAUGAAUGGAACUGUAAUAGGACUGGUACACAUGAAAGAACCUCCUAAAGAUUACAGCUUCAUCUAUGUAACCGUAAUAUGUUGUAUAGGACUUUACAUCACUUUCAACUGGCUUUACUGUAUGUACAAGGCGAAGAAACUUCACGUCAAAGAUAAUCAUUUCCACAUUUAUUUAUCUAUCAUUCAUAUCUUCGGAACAGUUAGAAUGGUUUUAUUUAGUGUCACAGUUGGUCUUCAAUUACGUUGGAUGACACAAGUUAACUUAAUGCUAAACAGCGUACCUGUGUUGCCAACUGCAUUACUAUUUACAUGUAUCAUAGGUUAUAUUCGACUUUCUAGACUUUCCAGACCAUAUAUGCAUAUAUCGACAAGAAAAAUGAUAAUAUUGUCUCUAUUCCCGUGGGCAGUCUGUGCUGCUAUGAUUGCCAUACGCAGAACGAUGAAGGGUUCUAAACUACUUGUAUGGAUCAACCUUCCAGUGAUAUGUCUUUGCUGCCUAUGUAUGACUGUAAUCUUCAUUAAGAUCUUCUUAAUCAUGUACAAGAAGAAUACAAAAACAGAUGUACAAUCUACAUUCAAUGCCUCACUAUCAAGAGCCAGUGUGUAUAUUGUUCAUGGUUCAACUUGCACUAAAUCGAAAGAAAAGAGCGAGGCAAGGAAAAAUUUGGUAAACGAAUAUAAGAGGAUUGUUUGGAAUAGCAUAGUAAUGCUAGCUAUAUUUAUAUCACAUGUAGUCAUGCUCGGUUUGUUACAGUAUCAGACGUACCAACUUUCAAAUGGAAUUCCUUACACAAACCUGCCUAUAGGUUUUUCUUGGGCGUACAUGCAUAUACAAGUUAUUUCAUUUAAUAUGAUGCCCAUCAUUAGUCUCAUGAAAAGUGACAAACUCAAAUUCGAAUUGAGAAAAAUCUAUGGACAUCAUUUAGGUUUAUGCUGUAAAAAGUCAACAGAAACAACUCAGAUUUCAACUGCAUAGUUUUUCAUGGCUUCUUUAUCAUGACAUUCUCCGUGAACACAAGUAUUAAACUAAAAGAUAUUUCUGAAAAAUGCAUUCAGUUAUCACAGGGAGGAAAGUCUUUCUCCUUGUGACAAGUAUAUAUUGAGGAUUACUCGUCAACUCACACACUGACUUGUAGUCACCCUACCACUUGAGUUACUAGUAGCUAGUGAAUCCUGAUUGUAAACUUUGCCAUACACAGAUAUGUAUUGACCAAUCAAUGCCUGUUGGAAAAAGUGGAAUAAUGACCAUCAAAUGGCAGUCAUUUUGAAAUUUUUGAAAGAUAUUUUGCAAAUACUUCUAGAAAAAGCAGCUAAUGAGUUUUGUAAAUUGUAUACUCUGUCAUUACACAGUAGUGAGUUGUAUAAUUCACUACCCCCAAUUUUCAAAAAUUCUGUUUGGGCUCUGAAGAAAUAGAAAACAGAGAGAAGUGAUUUUAUCACAUGCUCUGUAAAAUUCCAGUAAUCUGAUUGGUUGAUUACCGUGUGAGUUUUCCCGUCUCACACGGCCGUCUCACACGUUACUAGAGGCAACCAGUGAUGAUCAAUAGCAACGAUGUGACGUCACUGAUUAUAUCACUUCUAGCUAAGGAAAACAAUAUGACGUCAUACUAUUUCACAAACAAGUACGAAUACAACGGUAAAAUCGUCAUCACACUUUUCAGCUUAUGUGAUACAGGAAAUAUUCCACUCGGGUAACAAUGUAUCACCACUCAAGCUUCGCUUUCGUGGAUGAUACAGUAUUACCUUUC